CCCACCUAUUAUCUCUACCUUACGCUGUCGAUUUAGCCAUGGCGACGAAGGCGCUGGUAUUUCUGCUGCUGGUCGGGGUGGCAUCUGCCACAUCAACCUCACACGUGUCCAUCAACUUCGGCGGAGCCAAUGUAAACUACAACAACGACCACGUCGAUGGCCCUGCUGAAGGCUACCAUCCCGCUCCUGUCUCCUAUCAUCCUGCACCAGCUUACCACCCGGAUCCGAAGUACCCCGUGCACCACGAACCUAAAUAUCCCGCACACCCUGCGCCGGCUUACCAUCCUGAACCUGCCUAUCACCCAAAGCCAUCUUAUGAACACCAUGAACCAAAGAACCCAGCUUGUUCGGAACUAACUAACGCCACGUACUGCCUCGAGGAUGAGGAAUACCCAGAGUACGAGAUCAAGCACGCUAUUCAGUAUCAUUUGGAUAAGUUCAAUCACCUCUACGCUGAUGUUGCUGACCUAAACACUGAGCUUUCCGUUGAACGACCCGAAACUCUCGAUGAAGAAACUUACCUGUGCCCCUCUGAAACAGCCUAUAUCCGGCCUCUCCGCGCUCAGAACACCGAAGGGAAGUGGCGCAUUGUUGUGAAUGAAAUUGAACUUCACUACAAAACUUUCACUCAGAGCGCCCGCGUGGAGGAUUGUCUCACCGCAGGAGAGGAUUGCCCCAAAGUUCCUAUGUGUUACGAGUCCAAGUGCCUGCAGAAGUCCAUCUACCACCGCUUCCUCGUCUACGACCCCUAUGAUCAGUACUUCCCCUUCGCCAUCGAGACAUUCAAGCUUCCCGCCAGCUGCGCUUGUCUCCUGGGCGCCUACACUAUCGAUCACUAACUGAAACCCUUUGUCUGUCUUGAUUAUGUACAAAUCUCUUAAUCUACUUUUAAGUUUGCGUAAAUUUGAACGUAGAUCCCUUGCAGAUUCGGGUGAGAAAUAUGUUUGGUCCAAGUAUGACUGUCUAUAUGAAUUAAAAAUGUUUAUUCUCUGCAUAGUUUAUGGGGUAUUUGUAAAGGUAUGACGGGUUUCUUGGAUGCAACUAUGGUCUUAUUUCUACAAUAUCAACAGUACGAGGUACGUGAAGAAGCAGUUCUCUAGUCAUCCACAAAUGGCGAUGCACUAUCGUGUUACAGUGUCUGUGACCACGAUUUAUGCAGGGCGUUAUAGCUUGUAAUUACAUUAAGAUUAAAUUGUUUACUUUC